CGGGCCCGGUGCGCGGCCGCGGGGUCCAGGCUCCUCCUCCGCCGCCGCGCCGGGGAUGCUUUGGCCGGGCCGGCUCCGGGAGCCCCGCGGAGCCCCGCGCCGCGCCGAGGAGCCAGCGGCCACCCGAGGCUCGCCGCUCCCGGCCGCACGGAGGGCUCUGCUAUGAUCUGGCGGCGCCGGGAGCAGCAUGGGCAGCGUCAGCAGCCUCAUCUCCGGCCACAGCUUCCACAGCAAGCACUGCCGCGCCUCGCAGUACAAGCUGCGCAAGUCCUCGCACCUGAAGAAGCUCAACCGCUACUCGGACGGGCUGCUCCGCUUCGGCUUCUCGCAGGACUCCGGCCACAAGUCCGGCUCCAAGAGCAGCAAGAAUGAGGAUUUCUUUUACAUCAAGGUCAGCCAGAAGGCGCACGGCUCGCAGCGGGAGCUGGGUGUGCCCGCCGGGACCAGCGGGCUGGACUUCGGGACGCCCACGCCGCAGAAGCUGAUGCCCUUCCCCGGCCAGCUGGAAGUGCAGGGUGGGGACAAGCCGCUGCCUCGCCCCACGGCCUUCAAGCCGGUGCUGCCGCGCUCGGGGGCCAUCCUGCACUCAUCCCCCGAGAGCGGGGGGCCCCUGGGCCAGCAGCUGCACCCCCCGGAGAAGGGCAAGGAGCAGGAGCUGCGGCCGCUGCCGUGCUCGGGGGGCCUGUCCGACUCCGGCCGCAACUCCAUGUCCAGCCUGCCCACGCACAGCACCAGCAGCAGCUACCAGCUGGAGCCCCUGGUCACCCCCAUGGGCCCCAUCAGCCGCUUCGGGGGCUCUGCCCACAACAUCCUGCAGUGCGCCAUCAUCCAGGACAGCAACAUGAUGAGCCUCAAGGCCAUGUCCUUCUCCGACGGCGGCAACAAGAUCCUGAACCCCGGCAAGGCCCCCCAGCACCGCGCCGCCGCCGAGAAGAGCGUCUGCGUGCGCUCGCCCAUCGCCACGGAUGAAUCCACCAUCCAGGAGCUGGAGCAGAAGCUGCUGGAGAGGGAGGGCGAGCUGCAGGAGCUGCAGUCGAGCUUCGAGGAGAAGGAAAUCAGCUCCUGCCAGGCCUACGAGGAGAAGCAGCGGCGCUGCAAGGAGGAGCUGGAGGGGCUGAAGCAGAAGUGCAACAGCAAACUCAAGCAAACCUCGCAGAAGACGCAGCGGACGCAGCAGGUGCUGCACCUGCAGGUGUUCCAGCUGCAGCAGGAGAAGCAGCAGCUGCGGGAGGAGCUGGAGAAACUCAUGAAGGAGCAGAACCUGCUGGAGACCAAGCUGAGGUCCUACGAGAAGGAGAAGACCAGCUUUGCCCCGGCGCUGGAGGAGACGCAGUGGGAGGUGUGCCAGAAAUCCGGGGAGAUCUCGCUGCUGAAGCAGCAGCUGAAGGAGUCGCAGACCGAGCUCACCACCAAGACCACGGAGAUCCUGAGCCUGAAGGCGCAGCUGAAGGAGGUGAGGCUGAAGAUGGAGGGGCUGGAGAUGAAGAGCCAGGAGCUGGAGGCGUCGCUGCGCACCAAGGCCAUGGAGCUGGAGGUGUGCGAGAACGAGCUGCAGCGCAAGAAGAACGAGUCGGAGCUGCUGCGGGAGAAGGUGAACCUGCUGGAGCAGGAGAUCCUGGAGCUGCGCUCCGAGCUGGCCGCGCUCCGCCAGCAGCUCAGCGAGGCCCGCGAGGGGCCCCGGCCGGGCGGGGACGAUGCCCAGGCCCUGCAGGGGCAGCUGGAGAGGCUGCGGGCCGAGCUGAAGGCGGAACGCGACAACAACGAGCAGAUGAGCUGCAGCUUCCAGCACGAGCGGCAGACGUGGAAGGAGGAGAAGGAGAAGGUGAUCCACUACCAGAAGCAGCUGCAGCAGAGCUACCUGCACAUGUACAAGAGGAACCAGAGCCUGGAGAAGAUGCUGCAGCAGCUGGCGGCGGGCGAGGACGGCAAGGAGCCCAUCGAGCUGGAGAUCCCCGGCGCCGACGUCCCCUACGAGGACAUCAUCGCCACCGAGAUCUGAGCCGCCGUCCCCGCCCCGCAGCCGAGCCGAGCCGUGUCCCCCCCGUCCCUCCGUCGUGUUCCAGAGGUGACCAAGCCACUCGUGCCAAUGGUGACGUGCCCGCAGCUCCCCCGCCCCGGCACCGCCCCGGCACUGCCCCCUCUGCCCCCGGGCAGGGAUCAGGACUCCAGGGAAUUCUCUGCCAUCCGUGCCCAGCGCCCAGGGGAUGCUCUGCUCCAGGCUUGGGGAACCCGGCCUGGCCCCGCUCUGGGGGUGGCACAGCUCCAGGGAUGGCACAGAUCCGAGGAUGGCACAGCUCCAAGGAUGGCACAGCACAGUCCUGCCCGCUGAUGGUGACAGGAAUCAGCCCCAGUGUGUGCCCAGCUCCGGGGGUGGCACAGCUCCAAGGAUGGCACAGCUCCAAGGAUGGCACACAGUCCUGCCCGCUGGUGAUGGCAGGAAUCAGCCCCAGUGUGUGCCCAGCUCCAGAGAUGGCACAGCACAUUCCUGCCCGCUGAUGGUGACAGGAAUCAGCCCCAGUGUGUGCCCAGCUCCAGGGAUGGCACAGCACACUCCUGCCCACUGAUGGUGGCAGGAAUCAGCCCCAAUUUCCUGGAGGAAGCUCCCACUCCUCCUCACCCUCUGUCAAUGCCAAUCCCAGGGCGCUGUGGGAGCACAGAGCCACCUCCUGCCACUGCCACAUCCACCCCUGCCAGCCCCGAGGGCCUCAGGAAGGUCCCCAGCUGCUCACACCCCCCUGGUACAGCCCAACUCCAUGAAAUCACCCUGAAAUCACCCUGAAAUCACCCCGAAAUCACCCCGAAAUCACCCUGAGAUCCCCGUUCAGCCCGAGCACAGCCCCCC